GUUGGCCAUAGCAGAGUAGUACAUUUGUAUGUAGGAGUAAACGGUGUCCACGAUGAGGCCAAAGACUUUCCCUGCAACAACGUACUCUGGAAACAGCAGACAGAGACUUCAGGAAAUCCGAGAGGGCUUAAAGCAGCCCUCCAAGCCAACUCCAACUCAAGGGGUACCAGUUGGACCUUCCAAUGAAAUCCUUCUGGACCCCAAAGUUCUGCACAGCAAAGAUACAGCAAGGCAACAACCGCAGCAGCAGCAGCAGCUCCGGCAGCCGGCAAAGUUUGGACCCUACCAGAAGGCUUUGCGAGAGAUCAGAUACUCGCUUCUGCCUUUCGCCAAUGAAUCCGGAAGCCCGGCCACUGUCGAGGUAAACCGGCAGAUGCUGCAAGAACUGGUCAAUGUGGGAUGUGGUCAGGAAAUGGCAGUUCGUGCUCUAAAGCAGACUGGGAGCAGGAGCAUCGAAGCUGCCCUGGAGUAUAUUAGUAAAAUGGGAUAUCUGGACCCAAGGAAUGAGCAGAUCGUUCGUGUGAUAAAGCAGACCUCACCAGGGAAGGGCCCAGCUCCAAAUAAUGUGCCCCACCGAUCAAGCUUUGAAAGUUCAAGUGAGACGUACCCACCAUACCACGCAGUUAACAGUUCGAACUAUGAGGGGCCUGGUUUUCCAGUGGAAGCUGCCAAUGCACUCGGUGAUGUUCCUCGUCCAUACAUGGACUACUUGCUUUCUGCUCCCCAACCUGCGGCAGUGAAUGGCCCAGCACAGAGGCCUUCCCCUGGAAGUGGGCACAAUACACCUGGAAACCACCAGCAGAAGGUGUAUACUACAAAUAUGGAGCCUGCUACCAUCAAUUAUGCUAUUGGAAAUCACAACAGUACAGGCCUUGGCAUGCAGGCUGCCCACUCUUCAAAUAGCCCGCAUUAUGGACGACAGAAUAUCAUGGUGCAAGGAGACCCCAUGGGCUAUGGUAUACAAAGAACCCCUUCAUUUCAAAACAAGAUACAGCAGGAUGGAGGCUAUGUAAAUAUACCAAGUAAAGGGCAGAUGCCCCAGGGCAGCCCAAGCCAUGCAUAUCAGCAGCCAUCUGCAGGACUAUACAUGCCUCACUCCCACCACAAGCAACCAAGUCCAUCCUCUCAUCAGAUGCAUGUUAUGUCCAGGGGGCCCCCAUUUACCAGCGAUUUUCCUGACACUCCACCAAACCUGAUGACUCCAUCAAGAAACAGUUUGAAUAUGGAUUUGUAUGAUAUUAGCAGCGUGUGUCAGUGGCAGAAUUCACAGUCACGACGUGAUUCCCUUCAAGGUCCGGGAAUGGACUCUUCAGUCCGGCAGCAUGUACCGUUCAGACCAGACUCCCAAGCGCCAAGCCGUACAAACUCAUUUAAUAACCAUCAGCAGCAAAAGCAGGUGCAGAUGCGGCAGUCUGCCCCUAAUAAACCAGACGCUUCCGUGGGAGCACCGAAUACCAUCACCGCAGUUACAUCAGCCCACAUACUUCAGCCAGUAAAGAGUAUGAGAGUUAUGAGGCCUGAACCCCAAACGGCAGUAGGUCCUUCUCACCCAGCCUGGUUAGCUGCUCAAGCGCAGGUGGCGGAAAGUUUGGAGAUGCUGGAGCCGCACGCUUUAUCAGUUGGUGGUCCCAGUUCCUACGGGAUUGGUGUGGAUUAUGGAAACCAGGAUCUGAGAUACCCUCCACCCCCGUAUCCAAAGCACCUAUUGCUGCAGAACAAUUCAGAACAAGUUGAAUUGAACUCUUUGUGUAAGGGAGUGGACCAGAGUCUUCGUCUUGCUGACAAUGUGGCUUGUGCUCAAGGGGAGGAUGCAAAUGGAGAGGCUAAACAUGAAAAAGUGAGCAAGAACCCCAAAGCUGUUAAGUCUGGGAAAGAUAAAAAGCAGAUUCAAACUUCGCCGGUGCCAGUGCGCAAGAAUAGCAAAGAUGAGGAAAAGAGGGAGUCCAGAAUUAAGACCUACUCCCCCUUUGCUUUUAAGUUCUACAUGGAGCAGCACGUAGAAAACGUCCUGAAGACAUACCAGCAGAAAGUAAACCGGAGGCUCCAGUUGGAACAAGAAAUGGCUGAGGCUGGCCUCUGUGAAGCUGUCCGGGAACAAAUGCGGAAAAUUCUUUAUACAAAAGAGUCCAACUAUAAUCGUCUCAAACGGGCCAAAAUGGACAAGUCAAUGUUUGCGAAGAUCAAGACUUUAGGAAUAGGUGCUUUUGGUGAAGUGUGUCUGGCAAGCAAACUGGACACAAAGGCCUUGUAUGCGAUGAAAACCUUAAGGAAGAAGGACGUGCUGAACCGAAAUCAAGUGGCCCACGUCAAAGCAGAAAGGGACAUACUGGCCGAGGCCGACAACGAGUGGGUGGUGAAGCUGUAUUAUUCAUUUCAGGACAAAGACAACUUGUACUUUGUAAUGGAUUACAUCCCAGGUGGGGACAUGAUGAGCCUCCUCAUACGGUUGCAGGUGUUUCCAGAGCACCUGGCCAUGUUCUAUAUUGCCGAAUUGACCCUUGCCAUUGAAAGUGUCCACAAGAUGGGAUUCAUUCACAGGGACAUCAAGCCUGACAACAUUCUUAUAGAUCUGGAUGGCCAUAUCAAACUAACAGAUUUUGGCCUUUGUACCGGAUUUAGAUGGACACACAACUCCAAGUAUUACCAGAAAGGGAACCACAUCCGACAAGACAGCAUGGAGCCCAGUGAAAAUUGGGAUGAUGUGUCUAACUGCAGAUGCGGAGACAGACUGAAGACUUUGGAACACAGGGCCAAACGACAGCACCAGAGGUGUUUGGCUCAUUCCUUGGUGGGGACUCCUAAUUAUAUUGCGCCUGAAGUCCUCCUGCGGAAAGGGUACACUCAGCUCUGUGACUGGUGGAGUGUUGGUGUUAUUCUCUUUGAGAUGCUGGUUGGGCAGCCUCCAUUUCAUGCGGCAAACCCGACUGAAACUCAGCUGAAGGUAAUAAACUGGGAAAAUACUCUUUACAUUCCCUCCCAAGUCAAAUUGAGCCCAGAGGCAGCUGAUCUCAUCACUAAAUUGUGUUGUUCAGCAGAAAAUAGACUUGGAAGAAAUGGAGCUGACGAAAUUAAGGCUCACCCCUUUUUCAGCUCCGCUGAUUUCUCUGCCGAUAUUCGUCGUCAGCCGGCACCUUAUGUCCCAAAGAUUACACACCCAACCGAUACUUCUAAUUUUGACCCGGUGGAGGAGGAGAGCCCUUGCAACGACAGUGAAGACAGUACCAUGGCAUGGGACCCAAACAUGUGCCCUAGUAAUAAACACACUGAACAUGCCUUCUAUGAGUUCACGUUUCGGCGGUUCUUCGAUGACAACGGCUACCCGUUCCGUUAUCCGAAGCCUUCGAAGAUAGAAACGCCUCAGAAUGAAGAGGCACAAGAGGAAGAUGAAGCUGCCGCCAGUGAAACAGAAAGCUGUCAGCCUGUAUAUGUAUGAGGCGGUUUCUUGAAUACGAAACAUACUUGAUUCAUCUUUCCAUACCAGGGCAUACUUGGAUCACUAAGUGAAGGAAAUGUUACAGUACAAGUUUAUGAUGCCAGAUCGCCACAGCUUG